GUGUCAUUUGAAGAUGUGGCUGUGGACUUUACCCAGGAAGAAUGGCAGACAAUGGUCAAUGCUCAGCGGACCCUGUACAGGGAAGUGAUGCUUGAGACCUAUAACAAUCUGCUGUCCUUGGGGUACUGCAUGACAAAGCCUGAUGUGAUCUUCAAGUUGGAGCAAGGAUCAGCACCAUGGACAGUGGAGAAAUCUGUCAAGCAGAGACUUCCAGAUUCCCAUGGAAAGAAUGAGCUGUUUGGAGCUAAUCAAAAAGGUCAAGAAAUAAUCUUCAGGCAACCUGAUGAAAUACCAUUUGAAAAGAAGCAUGCCUCUAAUGUCCCUGAGAAGAACCUCGAGAGUGAGGAAAUUCUCAGGCAGUUUGACAAGAUUCAGAUUUGUCAGCAGUCCUUUGAACACAAUGGAAAUGAGAAAACUUUCAGCGGGAAUAAGAUAGUUCUUAUACUCCACACAAAAAAAUCUUAUGAAUGUAAUGAGUGUGGAAAAAAGUUUCCUCGUAAGUCAAACCUAAUCAUACAUAAGAGGGUCCACACAGGGGAGAAACCUUAUGAAUGCAGGGAGUGUGGAAAAGCUUUUUCUUGUAAGUCAAACAUGAACGCACAUCAUAUAUUGCACACUGGGGAAAAACCUUAUGAAUGUAUUAAAUGUAGGAAAUGCUUUUCCUAUAAGCAACAUCUCAGUGUGCAUCAGAGAAUCCACACUGGGGAAAAAACUUACAAAUGCAGUGAGUGUGGAAAAGCUUUUUCUGAUAAGUCAAGCAUUAGAUCACAUCAGAGAAUCCACACUGGUGAAAGACCUUAUGAAUGUAGUGAGUGUGGAAAAGCUUUUAUUCGUAAGUCACACCUCAUUACUCAUCAGAGAAUCCACACUGGGGAGAAACCUUAUGAAUGUAGUGAGUGUGGAAAAGCUUUUUUUGAUAAGUCAAGCAUUAGAUCACAUCAGAGAAUACACACAGGUGAAAAACCUUAUGAAUGUAGUGAGUGUGGGAAAGCCUUUUCUCAGAAGGCAAAUCUAAUGGUGCAUCAGAGAAUCCACACUGGGGAAAAACCUUAUGAAUGUAGUGAGUGUUGGAAAGGCUUUUCUGAUAAGCCACAGCUCUUUAGACAUCAGAGAAUCCACACUGGGGAGAAACCUUAUGAAUGUAGUGAGUGUGGAAAAGCUUUUUCUGAUAAGUCAAACAUUAGAAAACAUCAGAGAAUCCACACAGGUGAAAAACCUUAUGAAUGUAGUGAGUGUGGAAAAGCUUUUCUUCAUAGGUCAAGCAUGAGCAUACAUCAGAGAAUCCACACUGGGCAAAAACCUUAUGAAUGUAGUGAGUGUGGAAAAGGCUUUCCUUGUAAGCCACACCUCAUUAGACAUCAGAGAAUCCACACUGGGGAAAAACCUUAUGAAUGUAGUGAGUGUGGAAAAGCUUUUUCUCAGAAGUCACACCUAAUCAUGCAUCAGAGGGUCCACAUGGGAGAAACCUUAAGAUUGUAG